GCAUUUUCCAACUACUAAAUCCUUGUCCUUUGUCUGUGAAGGUUUAAGGUUAAGGUUUUCACAGAAUUCCUCUAAUGGCAUCCAUCGUAUCCACCAAAGCCAACCAAUUUCGCUAUUCCACGCGCCUUCUCUUCUCACACCUUCUUCGCCAAGGCAGACCCUCCACGCUUUCACCACCCUUCUCUUCUCAUCUUCAACCACUCCAUCACCCUUACAAGGUUCGGAAUCAAAGUUAUGGAAAUGGGUCGUUGAGGUUGUGUCAAAGGUUUCUAUCUUCUUCUUCUUCUCCUCCUGCUGCUAAUGUUAGUGGAGAAAAACCAGCAUCAGAUUCAGAUCACUCUGCAAAAGAUGGUUCUGGCCAAGGGAAAGAGUCUGGGAGUGGAGGAGAUGAGGGUCAGAAAAGUGAUGCUGGGAAAUCCGUUCGUGGAGGGCCUGUUUCUUGGUUGAGCUUUCUCUUGCUGGUGCUCACUGGAGCUGGAUUGGUGUUCUACUAUGACAGGGAAAAGAAACGACAUAUUGAAGGGAUACGUUCUAAUACAGAGGCUGUUAAGCAGGGACCUUCUGUAGGAACAGCUGCAAUUGGGGGUCCAUUUCACCUUGUAAACCAUCACGGAAAACAUGUAACUGAAAAGGAUUUCUUGGGAAAGUGGACUUUGUUAUAUUUUGGCUUUACUCACUGCCCAGAUAUCUGUCCAGAGGAACUACAGAAGUUAGCAGCUGCUGUUGAUAAAAUAAAGGAGAAAGCUGGAAUUGAAACUGUACCGGUUUUUAUCUCUGUUGAUCCUGAGAGGGAUACUGUUGAACAAGUGGGUGAAUAUGUCAAAGAAUUUCAUCCAAAGUUAAUUGGAUUAACUGGUAGCCCGGAUGAGAUCAAGAAUGUUGCUCGUGCAUAUCGUGUUUAUUACAUGAAGACAGCAGAGGAAGACUCAGAUUAUCUUGUUGAUCACUCCAUAGUUAUAUACUUGAUGAGUCCUGAAAUGAAAUUUGUAAAGUUUUUUGGCAAGAACAAUGAUGUUGAUUCACUUGCCGAUGGAGUUAUUAAAGAGGUAAAGCAGUAUAAGAAGUAACCUGAACAAUGCUAUUGGUACCCUCAUUUCUUUAGUGGAAACGAAAUUGUCAAUGAAUUUUGGCCUUGUGGUAGUAAACUACAACAGUAUGUCUGAUUAUACUUCUGAAGGCUAGCUGUUCUUUAGGUGUUUCUGGAGAUUGGACAGUUUCAAAAAGCAACUUAUUGUCAUUGUUUCAAUGUUUAGUAUUGCCUUGAAAUAUUUUUGGUGACAUUUAUUUGUGUAUUUGAGAUGCACCGACAUUACAAUUGUCAUGUUCAACAUAUGCCUUAUAUCAGAUAUGGCAUCUAUAAUAAGAAAUACCAUGGUUUAUAUUGAUGA